CUUCCUACCUAGAGUGAGCUUGGGUGUCUCCCUCUGGGGCUUCAGGCCUGUGAAGGGUUAAGUGAGCCACACCCUCAGGAGGAACAGCCUGGACUUUGUGCUGAGCAGCCAUCUCUGGCCUCUCCUGGUUUGACUGGCACAGAGAGCCUGGGUUGGAAGAGGCAGCAAAAGGGAAAAUCAGAAGAGUGGACACUGGCAAGAGGAGGGCAGCCUCUUUCCUGGCUUCCCCGAACCAUGGACAGCUCCCAUUAAGCCACCUCUCCAUCCUUGGGGCCGGAACUCCUAUCCCCCAUUUCUUUCAAAUUGAGAUUUCAUCCACCAUUCUCCAAAGGACAGUGAAGUUACACCCUUGUUCCUGUGUUGGAGGCCAGCAAGCUGGUGAUGUCUUACGUGGCUGCUGUCUGUGGGAAAGGAGAGCAGGUGAACUCUGUGAAGGAGCAGCUGCUGCAGUCUAACCCAGUGCUGGAGGCUUUUGGCAAUGCCAAGACCAUUCGCAACAACAAUUCCUCCCGAUUUGGAAAAUACAUGGAUAUUGAAUUUGACUUCAAGGGAUCCCCCCUUGGUGGUGUCAUCACAAACUAUCUGCUUGAGAAAUCCCGAGUGGUGAAGCAGCUCAAAGGAGAAAGGAACUUCCACAUCUUCUAUCAGCUGCUGGCUGGAGCAGAUGCACAGCUGCUGAAGGCCCUGAAGCUUGAGCGGGAUACAACUGGCUAUGCCUAUCUGAAUCAGGAGGUACCCAGAGUGGAUGGUAUGGACGACGCCUCCAGCUUCAGUGCUGUACAGAGUGCAAUGGCAGUGAUUGGGUUCUCGGAGGAGGAGAUUCGACAAGUGCUAGAGGUGACAGCCCUGGUGCUAAAGCUGGGGAACGUGAUGGUGGCUGAUGAGUUCCAGGCCAAUGGGAUACCAGCAAGUGGCAUCUGUGAUGGGAGAGGUGUUCAGGAGAUUGGGGAGAUGGUGGGCUUGAGUUCAGAGGAACUAGAGAGAGCUUUAUGCUCAAGGACCAUGGAAACAGCCAAGGAAAAGGUGGUCACUGCACUGAAUGUCAUGCAGGCUCAGUAUGCUCGGGACGCCCUGGCUAAGAACAUCUACAGCCGCCUCUUCAACUGGAUAGUGAAUCGAAUCAAUGACAGCAUCCAGGUGGGCAUCGGGGAAAAGAAGAAGGUAAUGGGAGUCCUUGAUAUCUACGGUUUUGAGAUAUUAGAGGAUAACAGCUUUGAGCAAUUCAUGAUCAACUACUGCAAUGAGAAGCUGCAGCAGGUGUUCAUAGAGAUGACCCUGAAAGAAGAGCAGGAGGAAUAUAAGAGAGAAGGCAUACCGUGGACAAAGGUGGACUACUUUGAUAAUGGCAUCAUUUGCAAUCUCAUUGAGCAAAAUCAGCAAGGUAUCCUGGCCAUGCUGGAUGAGGAGUGCCUGCGGCCUGGGGUGGUCAGUGACUCGACUUUCCUAGCAAAGCUGAACCAGCUCUUCUCUAAGCACAGCCACUAUGAGAGCAAAGUCACCCAGAAUGCCCAGCAUCAGUAUGACCACACCAUGGGCCUCCACUGCUUCCGCAUCUGCCACUAUGCGGGCAAGGUGACAUACAAUGUGACCAGCUUUAUUGACAAGAAUAAUGACCUACUCUUCCGAGACCUGUCACAGGCCAUGUGGAAGGCCCAGCACCCCCUCCUUCGGUCCUUGUUUCCUGAGGGCAAUCCUAAGCAGGCAUCUCUCAAACGACCCCCGACUGCUGGGGCCCAGUUCAAGAGUUCUGUGGCCAUCCUUAUGAAGAACCUGUAUUCUAAGAACCCCAACUACAUCAGGUGCAUAAAGCCCAAUGAGCAUCAGCAGCAAGGUCAGUUCUCUUCAGACCUGGUAGCAACUCAGGCUCAGUACCUGGGACUGUUGGAGAAUGUGCGGGUGCGACGAGCAGGCUAUGCCUACCGCCAGGGUUAUGGGCCCUUCCUGGAAAGAUACCGAUUGCUGAGCCGGAGCACCUGGCCUCGGUGGAAUGGGGGAGACCGGGAAGGUGUCGAGAAGGUCCUGGGGGAGCUGAGCAUAUCCUCAGGGGAGCUGGCCUUUGGCAAGACAAAAAUCUUCAUUAGAAGCCCCAAGACUCUUUUCUACCUCGAAGAGCAGAGGCGCCUGAGACUCCAGCAGCUGGCCACACUCAUACAGAAGAUUUACCGAGGCUGGCGCUGCCGCACCCAUUACCAGCUGAUGCGAAAGAGUCAGAUCCUCAUCUCCUCUUGGUUUCGAGGAAACAUGCAAAAGAAACGCUAUGGAAAAAUAAAGGCGUCCGUGUUGUUGAUCCAGGCUUUUGUGAGAGGGUGGAAGGCCCGAAAGAAUUAUCGCAAAUAUUUCCGGUCAGAGGCUGCCCUCACCUUGGCAGAUUUCAUCUACAAGAGCAUGGUACAGAAAUUCCUACUGGGGCUGAAGAACAAUUUGCCAUCCACAAACGUCUUGGACAAGUCAUGGCCAGCCGCCCCCUACAAGUGCUUUAGCACAGCAAAUCAGGAGCUGCGGCAGCUCUUCUACCAGUGGAAGUGCAAGAGGUUCCGGGAUCAGCUGUCCCUGAAGCAGGUAGAGAUCCUGAGGGAAAAGCUCUGUGCCAGUGAACUGUUCAAGGGCAAGAAGGCUUCAUAUCCCCAGAGUGUCCCCAUUCCAUUCUGUGGUGACUACAUUGGACUGCAAGGGAACCCCAAACUGCAGAAGCUGAAAGGUGGGGAGGAAGGCCCUGUUCUGAUGGCAGAGGCUGUGAUAAAGGUCAAUCGUGGCAAUGGCAAGACUUCUUCUCGGAUUCUCCUCCUGACCAAGGGCCAUGUGAUUCUCACAGACACCAAGAAGUCUCAGGCCAAAACUGUCAUUGGGCUGGACAAUGUGGCUGGGGUGUCAGUCACCAGCCUCAAGGAUGGGCUCUUUAGCUUGCAUCUGAGUGAGAUGUCAUCCGUGGGCUCCAGUGGGGACUUCCUGCUGGUCAGCGAGCAUGUGAUUGAACUGCUGACCAAAAUGUACCGGGCUGUACUGGAUGCCACGCAGAGACAGCUUGCAGUCACCGUGACUGAGAAGUUCUCAGUGAGGUUCAAGGAGAACAAUGUGGCUGUCAGGAUCGUCCAGGGCCCUGCCGGUGGUGCCAACAGCAAGCUACGCUGCAAAAAGAAGGGGAGCCAUUCCCUGGAGGUGACUGUGCAGUGAGGAGGGGGCACCGCGCAGAGAUGGCAGCUGCUUCCUCCUGGCCAGGACUAACCCCUCUCUGCCCUCCUGUGUGGGAAGAUCUCUGUCUAACCCUUCUGGUCGUGGGGCACAGCUUGGAGAUUAAACUACCUUGAAGAGGAUGCUUGUCCCAAACCCUUCUAGUUCUCUCCUCCAAAAGUAGCUUCCUGCCACCCUCAGCCUCUCUGCCCACUAAUAAAACAUGUGCCUUGGAAA